AUGACUUCUGGAGACAAUCCUCGGUUACCAUUAACAUCUGGCACUUCAUCUAUUGUCAAAUACACUGAAAUGCGCAAUCCAACUGAAACACCUUCUACAACGAUUACUAUGGCGUCAAUACCAAGUCCACCAUCAUUUUCUAGUGCAGCUAGUUCUAAUCAGCCAAAAGCAAACAGUAAUUUCGGAGCUGAUACUUAUGAACUUAGCCGAGUAACAAUACAACAACGGCACGCUAUGAAAAAAGCUUUAAUGAGUAAUGUUGGCUGUCGUUUAGCUAAACGAAAAGAACUACACAUACAACGUCGAUUAAUUGCGGAUAUCAUGUGUAUUUUUGGCAUGUUUGGUAUUAUUUUAAUGAUCAUUGAAAAUGAAUUAACAUUUAAUGGUGUUGAUCAUAAAGAUACAACAAUCAGCUUAUUUAUAAAGGCAACAAUAACAUUUACAACAAUACUUCUGGUUGGUCUUGUUUUUUAUUAUCAUCGAAUUGGUUUGAGUCUUCAUUGUGUUGAUAAUUCCAUUGAUGAUUGGCGUAUUGUGUUAACUCGUACAAAAAUACUUUCGAUACUAUUCGAAGCAUUCAUUUGUAUGGUACAUCCAAUACCAGGCCAUUUUCUAGUUGAAUGGAGUUCACAAUAUGUUAAAACAAUUGGAAGAAAUGACGGCUAUAUAAAUCCAUAUCGAGCAGCUCCUAAUUCAUUAUCUACACCGGCAUCAUUAAGCACAACAACAAUAUCAACAACAACAACAACAACAACAAAAAUGACACUGCAAAAUGCCAAAGAACAUUCACUAGCUUAUGUGCCGGUUGAUGUUAUGCUUAGUCUACCAAUGUUUUUUCGAUUGUAUCUGGUUUGUCGUCUUAUAAUGCUUCGUUCUCAUUUGGUUCGUGAUGCUUCAUCGCAAUCACUUGGUUAUCUUAAUCGAGUUUCAUUUAAUUUUCCAUUUAUUAUCAAAUCAUAUAUGCAAAGGCGACCAACAAUUAUUUUAACAUCAUUUUGUAUUACUAUUUUUUUUAUUGCAACUUGGACUCUGCGUGCGUGUGAUUACAAUGUUAGCACAGGGCACAUGUCUAUGCUUGAUGCUACAUGGUUGUUUAUUAUUACAUUUACAACAAUUGGUUAUGGAGAUAUUGUACCAUCAACAUAUUGCGGACGAGGUAUUGCUGCUAUAACAGGUAUCAUUGGUGUAUUCGCAACGGCUCUUCUUGUGGCAGUCAUUUCACAAAAACUUGAAUUAACUCGAUCAGAAAGAUAUGUGCAUAAUUUUGUGGCAACUAUUGAAUUAGCUAAAGCACAUAAAGAUCAAGCUGCUAAUGUUCUUAAAUAUGGCUGGAAAGUUUGGUAUUUACGACGAAAGGGAAAAUCGAAUUGUAUUCAAUAUAUUCAAACACAACGAAAACUAUUAACAUCGAUACAUUUGGCUCGAGAUAUUAAACAGCGACAGCGUAAACUAGCUGAUAAUUAUGUUAGUUUAUUGGAAUUAUUUACAGUACAACGUAGUACUAGUGCAGUAACUGAUGAAACAUCUCAACGAGUUAUUGUUAUGGAACAAAAAAUCGAUAAAGUGGAAGACAAACUCGUUGAAAUAAACCAAGGAAUGCUAAAUUUAGAAGAUAAACUUAAUAUUCUAUUGGAUAGAAUAACGAAAAAAUAA